AUGAUCCCCAUGCUGCUCUUGCUGGGCCUUACGGCCCUGGUCGCUCCAUCCAUGAGUUACAGUUGCUAUGGUGAUAUAAGUGCUCUUCAAGCCCCCUCGAUCUCCUGUACAGCCGUAAGAGCCCCAGACUGUGGACUUGCCACGGUACAGAGGACUGCUGAGGCAGACAUUGUACGCCUGAGGAAAUAUGAGAUCCCGAUUAAGAGAGUAGCCAGAAACCUGUGCUUGGACCCAGCGCUCAUCGCUGCCAUCAUCUCGCAGGAGAGCCGUGUCGGCCUGCUCCUGGACAACGGCUGGGACCAGGAACGGCACAAGUAUGGCUUGAUGCAGCUUGACGGGCAGCAACACCACCCUUUUGGAGUGUGGGAUAGUGAAGAACACAUAAAUCAGUGCUCAACUAUCCUGGUUCUUGCAAUUAAUGAAGUACGGGCAAGACAUCCUACCUGGACCUGGGACCAGCAGCUGAGAGGGGGAAUCUGCACCUACCGUGCCAAAAUGGGCAACCUCCAGGUCUACGACGAAGACCCAUGCAACAGAGACAACUACUACGUCAACAGCGUGAUUAGGCGAGCCCAGUAUUUUAAGAGACAUGGGUUCUAGCUCAUAAACCCACCGCGCCACCGAGCCUCUCCUCUACAUAGACUAGCCCCGUAGUGAUCGUAGUACCCAGAGCAGUUCCUCAGGUCUCCUGGCAGGACCGAUGCUGGUGGCAAUGGCAACGGCACCUUGCUCGCUCCAGCAAACCCCAGCU